CGCACCGUCCUUUACAUGCCCAAACCCAUAUCGCCUCAUUCCCCUUCGCUUCUCUUCUAAACUCUCGCCUCGUCUUCUCCACGGACCAUCCGUUUUUGCUCAACCAUUCAACCUUUAUUGGAUCCUUCACAUUCCGCCCUGUUCUGUUCAUUUCAGUCCCCUGGUUUCAGAUUUCCUCUCACGGAGGUGGAGGCUUCUAGGUUUAUAUUACUCAGUGUACAUUGAAGUUGAAGGAGAAAGUUAGUAAAGAUCUCUUCUUGCAUGGGACAAGGAUGCCUGAUUUGAGAAGUGGAGCCCGUAGAUCUAAGAGGGUCGGCAAUACUCAGAAGGAUGAUGCUGCUUUAGUACCAAAUCCUCAGCGUGGCACUGGGAGAGGUAAUAGCUCCAAAGCUGCAGGCCUGAAAUCACCUCCCUUGAAUCCUGUUAUCCCAGUAUACCCUUGUACGAGACCAAGAGCUGCUGGCAGAGGCAGGGGGUCUAGAGCAAUGAAUCAAGAUAAGAAUGCUCCGGUUCUUGGUGCUGGUGUUGGAGGCCAGGGGCAUAACAUUUUUGAUGGGGUGGUAAGAGAAGUGGCUGGUAUUCCUAAUGAGUUGGCAGGAGAGAAAUUGGCAGCUGUUGAGGAAGAAGGAAACACAAGCCCACUUCCUGAAAGGAUAAAGCUCGGAAACUCCCCUGUUUACAAGUUAGAUAGAAAGCUGGGCAAAGGGGGCUUUGGGCAAGUUUAUGUUGGAAGGCGAGUGACAGGUGGCUCAGGGCACACUGGCCCUGAUGCUGUUGAGGUUGCUUUGAAAUUUGAGCAUCGAAAUGGUAAAGGAUGCAGUUAUGGUCCGCCUUAUGAGUGGCAAGUUUACAGCACUCUAAAUGGUUGCUAUGGAAUUCCUUUGGUGCAUCACAAAGGCCGAUUAGGAGAAUAUUAUAUACUCGUUAUGGAUAUGCUAGGCCCAAGUUUAUGGGAUGUCUGGAACUCGAAUAACCAGAUGCUGUCUGAAACAAUGGUUUCUUGUAUAGCAGUGGAGGCAAUAUCAAUCCUACAACAGCUUCAUUUUAGGGGUUUUGUGCAUGGAGAUGUAAAGCCAGAAAACUUUUUGCUUGGUCAGCCUGGAACACCUAAUGAGAAAAAAUUGUACUUAAUUGAUCUUGGUUUGGCUUCAAGAUGGAAGGAAGUCUCUUCUGGUCGCCAUGUUGAUUAUGAUCAAAAGCCUGAUGUUUUCAGGGGCACAGUACGUUAUGCAAGUGUACAUGCUCAUUUGGGUAGGACAGGAAGUAGAAGGGAUGACCUUGAGUCACUAGCUUAUACUUUAAUAUUCCUCCUCAAAGGGAAGCUGCCCUGGCAAGGUUUCGUUGGUGAGAAUAAAGGGUUCCUUGUUUGUAAAAAGAAGAUGGGGACUCCUUCAGAGCUGCUUUGUUGCUUAUGCCCUCCUCCUUUUCAACAAUUUCUCGAGAUGGUGACCAACAUGAAGUUUGAUGAAGAGCCCAACUACUCAAAGCUUAUCUCACUUUUCGAGGACAACAUAGGUUCUGAUGCAUCAUUGCUGCCCAUCAGAAUAGAUGGAGCCUUAAAGGUGGGUCAGAAAAGGAGUAGAUUCCUUGUGGGUUUGGAAGAUGGUGUGCAGCCUCGCAAGAGAGUUCGGUUGGGUACUCCAGCUACUCAGUGGAUCUCUGUGUACAGUUCCAGAUCAGCGAUGAAACAGAGAUAUCACUAUAAUGUAAUGGAUACAAGACUUUACCAACAUGUGGAGAAGGGAAAGGAAGAUGGUUUGUUCAUCAGCUGUAUAGCUUCUUCUGGAAAUUUGUGGGCAGUCAUUAUGGAUGCAGGAACAGGUUUUACAUCCCAGGUCUAUGAACUCUCCCCUGUUUUUUUGAACAAGGACUGGAUAAUGGAGCAGUGGGACAAGAACUAUUACAUCACUUCCCUUGCUGGUGCAGCCAAUGGCAAUGCAUUGGUGGUAAUGUCCAAGGGGACAACCUAUACUCAACAGUCAUACAAAGUCAGUGAUGUAUUUCCAUUCAAAUGGAUCAAUAAGAAGUGGAAAGAAGGCUUCUAUGUUACCUCCAUGUCCACUGCUGGUAGCAGAUGGGGUGUUGUAAUGUCCCGAGAUGCUGGUUAUUCUAAUCAAGUUGUUGAACUUGAUUUCCUCUAUCCGAGUGAAGGAAUUCAUAGAAGGUGGGAGAAUGGAUAUAGAAUUACAGCAACUGCUGCAACAGCAGAUCAAGCUGCAUUCAUACUGAGUACAUCCAAGAGGAGAGCACAAGACGUAACUCAAGAAACUUUGCGGACAUCAGCCUUUCCUAGCACCCAUGUUAAGGAAAAAUGGGCAAAGAAUCUGUAUAUUGCAUCGAUAUGUUAUGGGAGAACAGUGUCUUAAAGUCUGAGACAUGAAAGCUGAAACUGAAGAAACUGGCUGCUGGAACAACUCAAUGCUGCCGAUACAGUCGAGUUGCAUCUGCAAUCGAUUAUCGUUUAAACUAGUGGAGUUGAGAAUGUGGUUGGUUUCUGCUAAUGUGGUCUUUGCCUCCACUUGAGGAGUGUUCUUCAAGAGGCGGUUCAAAUCCAACAAACAAAUCUGUAGAGUUUCUGUAAGAAUGUAAGGGUACUGCUCCUUUUGAAGUUUUCUUCUGGGUUUUGGUUUAUAACUGAGAGAAAAAGAAAGAAAGAAAUCAUAGAUCGAUGCUAAGUUAGUAAAAAUGUUGUUGUAAUCUAUGAAAUGAACAUAUCUUAGCAGCAUGCUAUUACAAUCUUCAGCAAAGCCAAUUGCAAGCGAAGACUUGCCUUUUGAGGAUCUUCCAACCUA